AUGAUGAAUAAUUCCAUGGUGAUGAUGAAUAACAAUCAAAACUAUAAUCCAAUGAUGAAUAAUUCCAUGAUGAUGAAUGGUAAUGCUUUCCGAUCAGUUGCAUCACCUCCAUCCUUUUCACCAAACAACACUCCAACGAAUAGUGCUGCCAAUCAAUCAAUGCCUUCUUCCAAUGGUACUGUUAGUGGAAAUUAUAAUAAUGGCAAUCAACAACAACAACAAGCACUUGGAAAUGUUGGUCAUGGAAAUAUGAAUCAAUCCCACGAUAAUCAAUCACAAUAUUCUCAAUCUUCUGUUGAUUCUAGAUCUGUGAAUAAUUUCAAUUUUAAUGGUUCUACUAGAAAUUCACCUCAACAAGCAGUUAAUCCAUCAUUAUCCUAUUCCAAUAAUGCAAAUAAUUUGAAUACUCAAACAGUAUCAUUUGUUCAACAGGUUGAUAAUUUAUCUGCCAAUUCUAUUCCUUCAAAUCAAACUUCACCACCAAAUGAAUUGAAUGAAAAGGUUAAUCAAAUGGUUGCCCUAUUGGAAAGGGAAGUUUCAGAUCUCAGAAUUAGAAAUGCUGAAAUGAAAAAGACCUAUGAAGUUCAAUGCAAGAUUUUGGAUACCAUUACUCAAAAGUUGAAUCAAAAGUACACUAGUACACAACUUCCAUCUACUUCCCAACAGCAACAACAACCAAUGACUCAAUCUAUUAAUCAAGCCAUUAAUCAAUCUGUUAGUCCAGUUUCUAUGAAUCAAUCUUAUUAUAAUGGUCAACCAGGAAAUCAAAACAACAUGUAUCAAAGUAAUUAUCAAAAUAUUCCAACCUCUCAAAAUACUUCUCAAUAUGGUCAAUCUGUACAAUAUGGAAAUCCAAUGAAUGAUUCUCAAUAUGGAAAUAUGGGCUAUUCUCAAUCCCAACAACAACAAUAUUAUAACCAAAAUGGUGGAUAUCAAAAUUAACAUUGUAAAAAUUAUAGAUAAACAAUUAUUAAU